ACGCUCCAUUGCAAAGAACCAACUUCAACAAAACCCUACUCAAAAUGAAAUUCUUUAUCUGCUUGGCUCUCUUCGUAGCUGCUGCCAGCGCUCAUGUCGUGGCUCCAGUGACCACUUAUGCUGCUGCUGCUCCAGCUUACACCACUUAUGCUGCUGCAGCCCCAGCUUAUACCACUUAUGCCGCAGCUGCUCCUGCCUAUACUACUUAUGCUGCUGCCCACCCUGCCUACACCACCUAUGCUGCCGCUGCCUAUUCGGCACCAGCUGUAGUUGCAGCUCCUGCUGCCGCUGCUGUUGUGGCCCCAGCUGCCCCCGCUGUCUACACCACUUUGUUGAAGAAGAAGUAGAUGCUUUGAAAUUGGAACGAUUAAAUGAAAGUGAUCCCUCAAAUUUGGCCAAAUUGGCCUAUGUGACCAAAAGUUAUGAGAAAA